GCAUUUAUCAGGUUGCUUUGUUGAUUCAGAAGAUCUUUCCAUUUAACAAAGAUUGACAAGAAAGUACCCACAGAAAAGGUGAUAAUCUUGACCUGUAUGUGAAGGCUUCCAUAAUGACCUCAGAGAAGAGGAAUAAGGAUAUGCACCUUUUCACUUCAAAUGUGAUAUUUCCCCGUAUUGCAACAAUAGACAUGUGCAAUGAUGUGCCAAAGGUGGAUACCAAAACUUUGACUGCAGAUAAAGUGUUACUUGCUGAAUCCUGUGUCCAGCGGAAUAGAUUAAUAUAUGCCUACCAAAUUUUACUUGGAAGAACCCUUUGCAAAAUUCCGGCAUUCAGACAAUUUCGAAAUCUGUUUCCUGACCAUAUUCCCCAUGAAUACAGUAGGAAGAUGUCUGCAGUCUCGAAAGUGUUUCCUUUGCCUGUCAUGUUUAAGAAUGAAGCAAAACAUGAGGACUGCUUAGCAAUUAUGGACAUGUAUGAAAGUGAGCUUGUGCAGUUAUACACAAAGGCAUUUGGCAGUGAGGAACUACUUCGAAAAUUCCAAUGUGUGGUCGGUGGUGACCAAUUGACCAGAGUCAGGCUACAGGAGGCAAAAAACCUACGAACACUGUCAAUUACCCCAGAAAAACGAUUUGAUGAUUUGAACCCAAUGAAAUGUUACAAGAGGCUCUACAAAAACAAAGAUACCCCUGGAACUCUGCAUUAUUUCAAGACUCUACUUCACCGUUCCAACAUCAAUGGGAUUGUAAAAGGAAGAUUCCGGCCUCAUCACGACUUGCUCAUGGUUGUUGGGGAAGCAAUGGUGAAAGAACAGUUUUUGGAAUUCUUUCAAAUGGAAGAUAAAGAUUCCAGGCCAAUCCAUGAUUUGUUAGCAGACAUAGUCGAGAAAACUGAGGAAGAGCAAAAGCAGUUGUUGUUGAAUACUCUUGCACAGUUUAUCGAAUAUUAUGGAUAUUGCAAAUGUGACAAAGGGGUUCUUCCACAAGACUUACAAGCAGUUGAGCAGUACCAGUUACAGAUAGCAGACCAAACUCUCAUGUUAGUGCCACAACUUGUUGAACGCAAAGAUGACAGACUGUACAAUUACUGCAUGCAAUUGUGUCACUGGUACAUGCACAUUGCAGAAAUGAAUGACACAGCUAAAGAGGGAGAUUUGAAUAGAGCUGUGCUUAAUUCUCAGUAUUGUCUCCCAUUCUUUUAUUCGCACUCUGCUUUAAGCAAAUAUUUAGUGGAGAACGUUGACUACAUUCUCAAAAGUGAAGUCCUGUCAUCACCACUGCAGAGAAUUAGGAUAUUGGAAGGUUCGUUCACAAACUCUCAUGGGGGAAUUGGAAAAAACGUCGAAAGUGACUUAGUGCAGGAACACAGUGUCUGCAACCAAAAGAAACUGAUCAAGUCUCUUGGUGCCAACAAGUCAGAGCAGGCUAUUUCCCGAGUCACCAAGAGUGCUGAUGCUAUUCAUCAGAUAUGUUCAAAUUUUGAUGCCAGCAUUGAACUUCAGCCAAAGAGUGGCAGACAUUCUAAGCCAUUCUCUGAAGUAGACGAGACUCGUCUGCACAAGAUAUUAAGGAAACUAAGACCUUUUCAUUAUACCUCAGGUAGAACCUGUGAUGGAUUCAAUGUUGAUCAUGUACCAUGAAAAUCUCAAGAUAUUUCCAAACUUGAAAUUAGAUUGAACCAGAUCAUUACUCGUCUUACCCGAGGACGAACCAUAUCCACCGAGGAGGAAGACCAGCAGGAAGAGAAUGAGAUAUCGGACAAUUUACCACCUCUGUAAAAUGCAGUUUGCUAUGGACUUGGGUAAUGGUGAAACACAUUGACAGUUAUGAACACUAAACACUUGUCUGUUUAGUGAAAAUACACAUUGUUAUUUAUUAAGUCUUUGACAACUUUAUUCAAGUGUUUGAUUCUGAAAGUGAUAGUGAUCCCUUUUGUCAGUGACUGUGGUGAUAUUACUUAGAUCAGUGAUAGUGACUGUGGUGAUAUUACUUAGAUCAGUGAUAGUGACUGUGGUGAUAUUACUUGGACAAGUAAUAGUGAUUGUGGUGAUAUUACUUAGACCAGUGAUAGUGAUUGUGGUGAUAUUACUUAGAUCAGUGAUUGUGACUGUGGCGAUACUAAUUUUCCAAGAUAUCCGGUGUAUUUGUGUAUGUUAAACAUGGUUGUUUUAUCUUGCAGCCCAUAUUUUUAUACAUAUGUUAUGCCUGUGAGAGUGUUUUGUUAACAAACAUCUUUAUACCUUAUGUUAGUUAUGUAUGCUUUGAAAUUAUUUAUGUGCAAUUUCCUUGUGUAAAAGAUGAUAGUGGAAUUCCUAGUAUAUUAUGUAGCGAGAGUGGCGUACAAAACUCUGGUUAGAAAAUGCCAACAGGGCUUGUGUCUGCCUAACUGAAAGUUUUUCUGUUUAAAAAUAACUGGUGUAAGUAUUAUGAGGUGAUAAAUACAAUUGGAUAAGAAAUAAUUUUUAUGGUAUUGUAAGUUUGUAAGCCUACUUGAAUUCCCAAUAUGGAUUUUAUAUUUUUGUUCCCACGAUCACAAUGGCACAGUUCACGUCACAAGGGUUUGGUUGCAUGUAUGUUAACGCCAUAAUUAUAUGGCAGACCAGCAAUUUGGAAAUUAUCAUUUAUAUUAAACUAAAAGUAUCUGACGAGACAGUAUUGAAAAGAUUGUUUUAGCAUGAUAAAGUUUACUCUUGCAGCCCAUAUUUUUAUAAUGCCUGUAAAAAUGUUUUUUAACAAAAACCUUCAGAUCUUGAUUUAAUUAUGUAUGCUUUGUGCAAUUUUCUUGCGUGUUUUGUAAAAGGUGAGAUUUGCCUUGAAUAGUGGAAUUCUUAGUAGAUUAUGUUUCUCAGUAAAUUUCAACAUUGAACAAAUAAAUGAUAUUUUAUCUC